GUCUGUUGACUCUCUGCAGCAGCUAGCUAACUGUGACUAAACUGCGCUAAAGUGGCCUGCUGAUCAUUUUUUAAACCACUGGGUUUGAGCGCUCACUCCAGGAUCAUUAAGCAGUGUGUGAAGGAGGAGAGGAUGUCUAAUGAUCUCGCGGGAGUGUGGGAGGUGGCGCUGAGCGAUGGAGUCCACAGGAUAGAGUUUGAACACGGCACGACCACCGGAAAGAGGGUCAUCUACGUUGACGGAAAGGAGAUCCUGAGACGGGACUGGAUGUUUAAACUCGUGGGGAAGGAGACAUUCAAUGUGGGCAAAUCAGACACUAAAGCAACCAUCAACAUCGAUGCAGUCAGUGGGUUUGCAUAUGAGUACACACUGGAGAUCAAUGGGAAGAGCUUGAAGAAGUACAUGGAGAACAGGUCAAAGGUCACCAGCACCUGGGUUCUCAACCUGGAUGGCACUGACUGCAGGGUGGUUCUGGAGAAAGACACCAUGGAUGUUUGGUGUAAUGGACAAAACAUUGAGACUGCAGGGGAAUUUGUGGACGAUGGCACAGAAACACAUUUCACUCUCGGAGACCACAACUGCUGCGUUAAGGCUGUGAGCAGCGGGAAGAGACGAGACGGGAUCAUUCACACGCUGCUCGUGGACGGCACAGAGAUAGCUGAGUGCACAGAGUGACGGUACGUGUGUGUGUGUGUGUGUUUACAUUUGUAUGAAAGCAGAAAUCUGAAUUGUAUGUGUGACUUGUAUCUGUGAACCUGAAGGAGGGUGCAGAGGAGGAGAGUGUCAUUUAAAACUGUUGGAGUCGGGGACCAACUGACAGAAAUAUGCCCUCCUGUUUUAAUGGCUUGGCCUCUGGAGGGUAUGUUAGCCAUAUAUUUGUACUGUAAAGGAUGUUCUGUAAUUCAAGUAGUAAGAGUUGAGGUCACGACCCAAAGUCAGGGGAGUUUUAGAAGAGAAGGUGCAGCUAUUAAUCUCAACCACAAAAAGGGAUUUACUGUCUCAGAAUGUAACUUCUCUGAGUUAUUAACUUGUACUUGAUAUUGACAUAAAAAAAUAUCAAUUUUAGUAACUUUAUCAGCAUUAGAGGCCAGAUGUGCCAUAGCUAUCUAACUCAGCCCGGCUCGGUUUGCCCUGUGGUUGUUAACACGAGCAGCUGGGCCCUCUUCGUCAAAUGUGGCUCAACUAAUUCAGGCUAAUAAGCUGUUAUCAGGCAACAACAAUCCUGUUUAUUCUCACCCAAUUUAUUUGGUUCUUUCAAAGAAGUUUGAGAAUUGAUUUAUUGAUCCCGGAUGAAGUUAUCUUGAAUAACACCACAUUUUUAAUUAGACUUAACAAGAUGAAACAAUUUGCACAAAGUGCAUGAAGUGGGGUUAAAAAAUGACAUACUGGAAUACCAUGAAAAUUUAAAAAGUGCUUAAAAAGGCCUUGAAAUACAAAUGAACUGCAUAACUAGGGAUGAGUGAGCACACCAUUAUCUGUAUCUUUAUCUGUAGUGGGAAUGGGCUGAGUCUGAACUGGAUGUGAGUGUGGCCUAAAUGGGAAACAGGUGGGGGCUAACCCAAAAACUAAAAACUCAGAUUGAUAUAGUUUGAUCAAAAGUUGCCAUAUUUAUUAUUUCUUAGAAAACUACUCACCUGAAUUAUACUGGUAAAAUACAUUAUCUGUACCAGACACUUGUUUCAUCUGAGCGCUCAGCUCAACCCUACACAUAACGCACUCAUGUACUGACCAACAUUUUUUCAUCAAGUCAUUGUAAUUAAGUAGUUCAGAAAACACACAACAGACACAUUUAGUAAUAUUAGCGCAUAUAAUAUUGUUGCUCACAGCUGUUAUAUAAAGUCAGCGCUGAUGGUCAGAGAACCUUAGCUGUUUUGGCAUACCUCUUCUCCACCAGCAUGGAACCACUUCCAUUCUGGUCCCUGUAUCCCAUUUUGAACCAUUUAGAGCAUUUCGACCAAAAAUACACAAGUUCAGAGCCCAAAAAGUUGGUUCUCUGCUGGGGCCCAAAAAUAGCAGGUUUUCCUUGACCUGAAGUGCGAACCGUGAUGAUAUCAUAGGGUGUGUCAUAUUCUACAAAAUGGAAAGAGAUGAUUGAGAAGGCAAUAAUGGAAAAGUGAGAAUUUGUCAGACAAAAAAGAGUAUGCAGUUGUGUCAUUUAAAAUUUGUUUAUGCUUCUUUUUGAUUUUUUAUUUGGUUAAAAACAAAUAUUGGUAAUAACAGAACGAAAGUGCACAGGUUAACAAGGUAAUCUGCAAUUUUGCUGCUACUGUUUACCUCUGUUGUGUAUUGUGCAACUCAAAACUGGUUUGCUAGAUAACACCAAGGUUCUUAGAAUCCUGAACAGAACCAGUUUAAGAACCAGAGCUAAUUUGGUGGAAAAAGACAAAGAAAAGCUUGUCUGCCACAGUGUCAGACAGUAAAACAAAGUUAAUUUCAGACCCUAGUAAUGAUAUAAAUUAAGGUAGUGUCAAAGAACCAAAAAAAAAUCCAGACGUGCUGAAUUAUUAACAUUCUAAUCUAAAUAACCCAGUCGUCCAUGCACAAAGAAUAGGGCCCUGGUGUUCUCUAAGAUGUACUGCACCUGUUCUCCAUGCUGUCCCUGCUCUCCCUGUUUGCUUUCUCCUACAUGUCAAUAUUGCGCAUUGGGAGGAUUAAAUAACAGGAUGUUAUUAUUAAGGUUUUCUCCUUGAAUGUAGCAUCAGUCCAGUGUGCACUGCUCAGGAGUGGUCUUUGUUUAGUCCUGUGUUGACAUGUUAAAUGGUCUUCGUAUGAUUCGUUUAAACCGUUUAUAUUACAGUAAUAUGUAAUGAGCUUUGAGCAGACUGCUGUAGAUUUGUUAAAACAUCCUCGGGUGCACUGUCUGCAAUUUAACAGGUGUAACUGUUUCAUAGACAAUCAUUCAGAUAUGGCAUCAUUGCCAGUUAUAAAUGACAUACACAGCUGAAGUAAAUCCCUGCUGAUAUCCAGACAUACUCAGGAGACGUCCUGUCAUCCUCAGAGAUGUGUGGAAUUCUGUUGUGCUGUCAGUGAUUAGUCUCAUCUUAUGUAGAGGUUGUUACACAGAAUUUAAGCUAAACAUUUUUAUAAAGUCGUGGUUAAAAAAUUUAGUUUUUUUCCGCAGUGUAUCUCAAAUGCUUGUUUACAUUUUGAAAGGAGAGGCAUUUACUAUUUAUAGAGCACAGGUAAAAAUACAGUAAAAACAUGUUCCAUAUACGCACUCCGUGUUUUUACAAAUAGAAAAAAAAGACUUGGAUCGAGGAACAUCAAUGUUUUUAUGACAACUAAGUGAAAGUCAUCUGCUAAUGAAUGCUUAAUGCAGCCAAAAGCUCCAGGAAAAGCAACUAAAUUGACCUUGAUUUAAAGGGCUAGUGUGUAGGAUUUAGGGAUAUCUGUUGCCAGAAAUACAUUAUAAUACUCAUAACUAUGUUUGUAAGCAGUUUAUAACCACCUGAAAAUAAGAAAAGUGUUUUAUUUAUCUUAGAAUGAGCCAUUUUUAUCUACAUACGUGUGUCCUCUCCCACGGAGCUGGCCAUGUUGUUCUUCCGCAGUCCAGAAAUGACAAACCAAACAGUGGUGCAUUUACACAUCGGCCAUCGUAGUUCUCCUGCAGGCUUGACACACGGGACAAGCGUCAGUUCUGCAACCUCACAGCUAGUUGCCACUAAAGCCUACACACUGGAUUUCAAAGAUUUCUUCUCAAAUUAUUUGCAAGGUCAAGGAUGAACUUUAAUGCUAAACAGACUGUGAUUUCUAACACUUGUGUUACUGUAUCACUGAGAAUAUGAGGGACUUCUCUCAGUUUUCCAUAUAUCCUGUAUAAAAGCUUUUUGUCAUUACACGCAGUUCAUUUUGUUCAGUUACAUGUUUGAAAAAUGUAUUUAAUUUCAUUAAAUCUAUGUAGCUGAUCAGGUUUUGUUGUCAAGCUUCAUGAAAGGAUCUUCAAAUGUAAAUUACCAAUAAAUGAGGCUGCA